AUGUCUGGGAUCACCGCUAAUGACGCCUGUAAUGACUGUUUAACAUCAGCGCAGCAUCUGAAGUCCAUGGAAAUCCACUCCCAUUCUCACAUCGAUGAAGAUGAUGAACUUCUCAAGUACAUCUGGAGGGAAUAUUUGCAUCCUAAACAGUAUGAAUGGGUGCUCAUAGCUGGAUAUAUCAUAGUUUUCCUUGUGUCUCUGGUUGGAAACACCUUGGUCUGUUUUGCAGUUUGGAAAAACCAUCACAUGCGCACUGUGACCAACUACUUCAUCGUGAACCUGUCCUUCGCAGACAUCCUGGUCACAAUCACAUGUCUUCCUGCGAGUCUUGUGGUGGACAUUACAGAAACCUGGUUCUUCGGACAGACCCUGUGCAAGAUACUACCUUACUUACAGACAAUCUCUGUGUCUGUAUCGGUUCUGACACUGAGCUGCAUUGCCCAAGAUCGCUGGUACGCUAUCUGCCACCCCCUGAAGUUCAAGAGUACUGCCAAAAGAGCCCGCAAGAGUAUCGUUCUGAUCUGGCUGGUUUCCUGCGUCAUCAUGAUUCCACAAGCCAUUGUCAUGGAAUGCAGCAGUCUGCUCCCAGAGCUCACCAACAAAACCAGCCUGUUCACCGUGUGUGAUGAGCAGUGGGCAGAUGAAAUCUACCCUAAAGUUUACCACACCUGCUUCUUUAUUGUCACUUAUUUUGCUCCAUUAUGUUUGAUGGUACUGGCAUACAUCCAGAUCUGUCACAAACUCUGGUGUCAACAGAUUCCUGGAACAUCAUCGGUGCUUCAAAGGAAAUGGAAGUCUCUGCAGUGUUCCGCCCAUGCUGUAGGCUCGGGAGAAUCGGUGAAGGUGAGAAGCAGCACCGUCUCAGCGGAGAUCAAACAGGUUAAAGCUCGACGGAAGACAGCACGCAUGCUGAUGGUGGUGCUGUUUGUGUUUGCACUCUGUUACCUGCCCAUCAGUGUUCUCAACAUCAUGAAGAGAGUAUUUGGCGCUUUUAAGAACACAGACAACAGAGAGACUGUCUAUGCCUGGUUCACCUUCUCACACUGGCUUAUAUACGCCAACAGCGCCACCAAUCCAAUUAUCUACAAUUUCCUCAGUGGUAAAUUUCGAGAGGAGUUCAAAGCAGCGUUCAUCUGUCAUUGCUGCGGUACAGAUGAGACACACCAGGAGAGAGUCAGAGCGAGAACCAGCACAGAUAGCCGCAAAUCUCUGUCUACCCAAGUAAACAACUUUGACAACAUCUCUAGGAUAUCUGACCAGGCUGUGUAGCUCCAUCAUGAGAAGGGGUUGCUGGGUUAAUCCUGCGGGCUGCCACUUCACCAGUCACCGCCGCCGGUUAGAAGAACACAGACGGCACGUAUGUUUUGACCUGCGAGACUUACAGAUGGAAGGAUUGAAUAGACCUAUUAGCUCCUGUGAA